AUGGAAGGACAGAUAGAUGCUGAGCCGAGAAACCAAGACCAGAUGGAUCCUGAAAGGGAACCUGCAGAGGAUGAGUGGAAGAGCUGGCAAAGAGGACAGGUUAGGAACACACUGCACCUCGUGUCUGCGGCUGCUCAGUGGAUAUUACUGCUUGCCUGCUUGAUUUACCUUGGUAUAGAGUCUCUGCAACCCUCAACGCCUCGGAACGACGAAGUGCCGUGGACCCACAUCCGGUACACAGGUGAAAGCAUCAAAGGAGUAGCCAUGAAUCUCACUGCUGAACUAGGCUCUAUUCAGAUCAGAAACGGUUCCAUCAUGAUCACCUGUGAUGGCCUCUACCUAGUGUCCUUGAAGGGCUUUAUCUUUUUCCGUGACCUGGAGAACUCACUGAAGCUGACACUGAGGAAGACAGACAGCAAGACCAGCACCGACCUCUGGGAGCAAACUGUCCACGGCAGUGGCAACUCAGUAAAUCUAACCACGGUGCUCUACUUGUUUGGUCAAGAUAACAUCACCCUGUGGACCAGGUCCAAUGCCAACAUCUCGGAUUUGUCAUUUAGCCUUGUGUUACUAAGUCCCUUCAAUUGCUCGCUGUAGAACGUGAUGUAUGGAAUGUAACGUGUAAGGUAUAGCCUUUCCUACCAAUCCAUGUCCCUGUGGGAGGCUUGUUCUCACAGGCUGUACUUGUACAGGCAGACUGCUCUAGCCUCCUUCCUUAGGGCGGUGGAGAGCCCCAGUAGGAGUGCAGGUAAAUCACAGUGCAAACAGGCUUUAUAUAGUGCAUGCCAUGUUCAUCUCUUUGGAGCUCUGUGCAGCUGUUUUGCUACCUGGCAUGGAUCUUUCUAACACUGGAGGAAGGGAUGCAUGGAGCCUUUGAAGAGAACAGAAAUGAAAGCCAAAGAAAGUCACCUAAGCUUAGCUCAUAUUCAGAGAAAUCCUGGGUUUCUCUGUUUACUUGAUAUAUAUAUAUCUGUAUAUAGUACGAAUGUGCUGUAUAUUUGCUAAAAUAAAAUUCUGGUAAAUCAGGAAGAUACCUCAAGUGUCUUGAAGCCAUUUGGAGAAGGAGGAGAACAGAUCUGCUCAACAGCCCUUUACCUCGCAAGGCAGGAAACAUGGAAGAGGCGGCAAGGGACUUCCUUUGCAGUGAUCCAGAUAAAUGCUCUCUGACAGGUAAAGGCCAUGAAAGGAAGGUGGUAUUUUGAAAUGACCUAACAGGACUGCACUGGACAUCAGAAACACAGGUCCUGCAGAAACUAUGAUGUUUUUAGGAGCAACUUUUAAGAGCAGAGGCCCACUGGAUGUUCCAGCUAUCUACAGACUGUUGAAGCCUGAGCCAAGGGAGUAGCUGGUGGGACACUUACAUCUUGACACCAGGUCUUGGAGUGGUUAAGUUGAAGGAGAAUCUCCUCCAAGCACACACACACAGACUGGCUUAACCCCAAAAUGAUAAAAAAUUUGGAAAAACAUUAAGGCUGUGGAUUUGGUGGGUUCUCUCUAAUGGACCAAGUAAAACCUGCAGGUCUGCGCAUCCUUUCCUCUGGGAGGACUCAGGUGGCUCCUCUGAGCCUCACAGCAGGCCUUGUCGUACAGGCAUGCACCAGAGAGAUCCACAGGCACAACCUCCAUACUGCAUCUGGGCACCGAUGUGCUCCCUGCCUGGCUCCUGCUACAGUCAGACUGCUCUCAGCGA